GAAGGCAGCGGACCGUCGACACAGAUGGAGCGAACCCCUUUAUCCGUGGCACUGUCAGCGGAGGAAAUGGACGAGGAUUGUGAACCCCAGAAGAAAAAAAUUAGAACAGAGGAUCUGCUCUCUGAUUUUGGCAAUAAACUGGAGUAUCGCCUCAGUGGGAUUCUCUGCUGCACAGUGUGUUUGGACCUGCCGAAGACGUGUUUUCAGUGUGUGAAUGGACACUUGAUGUGCGCUGGGUGUUUCAACCACCUGCUGGCAGAUGCCCGCCUGAAGGAUGAGACAGCGACCUGUCCAAACUGCCGUUGCGAGAUUACCAAGUCGUCAUGCUGCCGGAACCUGGCCGUUGAGAAGGCAGUAUCUGAGCUGCCCACAGCCUGUCAGUACUGUCAGAAGCAACUGCCCAGGACAGUUCUGGAGUGGCAUGAGAGGGAACUCUGCCAGGAAAGACCUUCCACUUGCAAGUUUUUCCGCAUCGGCUGUCCGUGGCGAGGUCCAUUUCAUGAACUGCAGGAACACGAGGAUGAAUGCAUAUACCCUGGGAAGCCUGGCAGGGAUGUGAUGGAGGCCCUGUACCUCAUGGAUGAGAAGCAACUGGCAGAAAUCAAGAGGUACGAGAACCUCUUCAGUCUCCUGUCCUUCGAGAAGGUCACCUUCAAUGAUCUGCAGUUGAGGCCAUAUCGUUCUGAUGAUUUCAUCACAAAGCUGUUCUACGAGACAAGUCGGUUUUCUGCAUUCAGUCAGCAGUGGGUGGUCAAAGCACGGGUGAACAGUGAUUCAAAGAACCCAUCUCAGAGUACCAGAAGAAGUCUGCACUUCCAGCUGGUGCUCAAGAGUAGGCUGGCCAGUCCACUCAAAGUCUACUUUGUUGUCUUGAAGGGACCAUUUGGUGACAUCCGUGUCAACCCUGCUAUCUUUGAAUUUGAGUUCAACAAUGACAAACUGGAGACAGAUUAUCAGGAACUGCCUAUUGAGGACAGUCUGGAAUGUAACAAACUUUUGGCUUCUAAAGCCAUUAAUCUUAGAUUAAUACUCUUCCAAGUUUCUCAGUGAUUGCGCUGUUCCCAUGGUGUGAGAACACUUGACUGGAAAUCACAUGAAAUGUAUACUGUUGUGCCAGAUUGUGGGAUAUGGUAUGGGAGGUGUUAAGUGACUUGUUUACAUCAUCUAACUUCUGACACCAGAGUUAUGGGAUUUUAUAUGUAUUUGUCCAUCUUCUGAUUACACGCCCACAAAUAGUAAACAUAGCCUAGGAGCCUAAUGACAUCUCCAUGGCUCAAGCCCACACUCCCUUAUGUCGCUCAAAUCAUGCCUAACCUAUUUUAAGACUGGGCUAUGAAAUGUAACAACUGUACAGAUAGUCUGUACCAACCAGGCUAGCCACCAUCAUACUACACUAAGGUUCAUGGGAGUUCUCUAUUGCUGUUUUAUUAUAGUACUGAUUGCUGUGUUGUUAGCAGUUGCCAUGAAUAUGUGACUGGUACAGUGCUGUGAUGAUGUGUGAUACAUGUAUUAAAGAAACCACAAAAACGUUGCUUGGGUAUAUUGACAUUGCAGUGAUAUCUCCACUUAGGUGUGAAAUGUAUGUACAUGUAUGUAAUCAAGUGCAGUGGAUUGGCUGUACAUAAAAGAAUGUAACCCAGAGCAUUUCAUUAGUACACAUCAUGUUUUUGUCCAACAUACACUGCGACAUAAAUCCUGCACCAUUCUGUAAUCUAUUUUAUUCUGUUUUGUAAAUAUCAGCAAUCUUGAUAGAUAACCAGUCAAAUUUCAAAUCCUUGAUAUGCCAAAAUUUAAAACUAAAAUCUGAAAAUGAGAAAAGUAGCAUUUAUUACAGCAAUUAUACUCUCAUUUUUUGUGAUGGAAACAUGCUUUUCAGUGAGCUUGAUCUUCAGGUAUUUUCAGUGAUACUCAUUUAUGAUAUGACUUCUGAGUAAAGAAACUAUUUGCCCAGGUGUAGCGAUAUCUCUUACUCAGUUAUUUGGUCUGAGUUUAUGUCAGACACUUUACAUGUAUUAAGAUCUGUGUGUUGUACAUACAUGUAUAUACCGGGCUUGUUUUCAUGCAGGCUUCAGCAGGGUACCUGCCAGGUGCUAUAUACAUCUUAAAAUACUGUUUGUUCUGUAUAUACUACAGUUAACUAUAUAUUGAGUUGUAUAGGGAUGGAUAUGUAUAGUUGAUGCCUGUCGAUUAGGUACCAUUAGAAAACUGACCUGGUUCAGUUGAAAUUUGGGAGAAAACCAAAGUGGUCUUCUUGGUAAACAUUUGCAUACAUAAGGAAUACCUAACUUCUUUGCUUUUGUGUUCUUAUUUUAAAGCGCUAUGCAGUCUAUUUAUAAAAUAACUUACAUUUUGGUAGGUUUCUUACCUGAACAUGUAAAUAUAUAUAUAUGUAUAAGUUUAAUGUAUUUUGUGCCUUUUGUACCAUUAAUUUGGCAGGCAUUUGUUGUUUUACUGCUUCAUUUAGUGAAGGAAAGUUUUUAUUGACCUUGUGGGUUUGAUGAUGACUGUUUUCGAUAUAUCAUGAAGAUUUUUAAGCAAUUGUUCAGUUGUUAGCAAAAAGAUGAUUACUGGAUCUUUAAAAAACAGUAAAAUAUUACAACCUUACCCGAGUUCUUCUUUGAAGUAUUAAGAUGUGUGUGAGUCUUUAUGGUUAAGUCAUAAGACUUUUUUUAAAUGUAAUGAGAUUGGACAGGCUUUGUCCAGAAAAGUUUUACUGAAAUUGGAAGAAGUUACAAAUAACAUAAAAUCAUAGUUAUAAAUACUGCAAGCUUAUACAUGUUUAAAAAUGUGUAGUACAGACAUGUUGGGACAUCAGUACACAUAAUCAUGAGAGAAGAAAAAAAUUGGUGAUAUGGAUCGUGAUACAACAGUUGGUCAGGAAAGUACAGAUAAUAGUCAUUGUUAAUAUAUUCAACUUUUCAUGAUUCAUUGUUUUGGUUUACUUGUUUUGUUUUUUUUUUACGACUGGUACUGCUGUUUCUGCUGAACAAACUUGACUAUUGUCACCUGAAAUGUUCCAUUGUAUACAUUUUUCAACAAAAAGGAAACGAAUGCCCUUUUGUCCUGUUUAGGAACUAACGCUACUGUUGCAUAUUCUUUUAAAGUUGUUGUUACCUAUUUGAUUUCAUCUAUUAAGUAUUGUUAGUCUUCAGAAGAUUGUCAUUAUUUUUUUUUUGUUAAGAUAAUAAUUCUGACUGCAUGUGUCCUCUACUCAACAAGUCUCAAUCCAGGAUCAGGUUGUCAUUUUAUGCCCGUUUAUUUCGCUCAUGACAUCCAGCAGUAUCCGAGGUUGACUUAGUUAUUUCUCCUAUCGGUUUGCCACACUUGUAUUAUUGCAUGAAAAUAUGAAUAAAGUAUAAACCUGAAAACAAUGAAGAUUCUGAUGAAUGUCA